UAUAGUUUUUCAUAUUUUCCUUUCUUUACUUUGUUAUAAGAUAUGAAACCCUAUUUUUGUACAUAAACAUAUAAUAUUUUCCAAAGUUCAUAGGUUUGAUUUUUUUUUUUUUUAAUAGUAGCUUCAGCCUUGCUUAUUGCUUUGAUCAUCUCAAAAAAUAAAAAAAUAUAUAUAUAUAUUUAGGAGAAUUAAAAUAAAUAGAUAAUAAGUCUUGUUUCAAAAUAGAGAAACUCUUUUUUUUUCUUUUUUUUUUGGUCAAGAAUGGCUGAAGAAGAAGUUCAAGUUCAUCAAGUUCAAGUUAAUCAACAACAACAAAGGGUAGUGAUGAUCCAAGAUGCAUCAAGAGAGGUUAAUUUAGAAGCAAUUAUGAUGGCCACCAAAAAGUUCUCUCUCAAAUCCGGAGAUCAUCUCACAAUUGUUCCAAUUCUUGAUUGGUUCAGUAGUCCUAUGGGUUACAUGAUGAGAGUUGAUUCCAAUUACUUCAUUUCAACCAACAAGAAAGUUAUUGAGGAACAUAGCAAGAGAUGGUUAGAUCUUCGUAACUCGGAUCUCUUCGAUCACUUCAAAAAGAAUGAGAUAAAAUUCAAAGUAGAAGUGGUUGCUGGGCCUGCCACAGAAAUUGCUUAUAAUGCUGUUAAAGAAUUUCAGGCAACACGUUUGGUACUUGACAAACGUAUGCACAAAGAGAUAAAGCACAACCUUGACAAAUUCUCUUGUCGUCUCUAUAAGAUAAAAGGUAACAACUCUAUUGAAAGGUUGAAGCCUACAAAAUCAACAGAUAAUAAAAUAAUAGCAUUCAAAGUAAAUAGGGACUGA